UACCAAAAAUUUUCACUUGCGGGAAAUUUAACAAUUGAAUCUAUUGAAAUGAAUAAUCCCCCAAUCGUUGUUUGGGACUCAAACUAUUUACACUUAAACAAAAAUAUGCCAAAUAGAGUCGACUUUUUUAUUACCAACCCACAAAACAAUAUAAAUUGUUUCGAUGUUUUCUCGUUGCCGGAUAUAACAAUUUUGGACAUAAACACGGCCGAUGAUCAUUAUGGUUCCAACGACUUUCCACUGCAAUUUGAAAAUGGAACUGCAAAUUUACUUUCAAACAAAAGACUCAUUAGAUUUUGCCCCAAUGGAAGAAAUUUAAAUUCAACAGUAAAAUGUAUUCUAAAACAAAACUUGUAUGUUGAAAAAUAUUCAAAUACAUUUAGUUACGCAUUUGACUUUCCACAUUGUCCUUGUGAUGAUGAAAACACAAUAUGCGAAUUAUAUUUGUUUAACGGAAUACAAUCAAACACUUUUUAUUUUGGUAACAUUAAAACAACACACACUUCACUUUUUGUGGACAAAAACACGACAUUACAAGACGUAAAUUCGUUUGGUACAAUUAAUUUGAAGGAUGACAUAUUUUUAAAUGUCGGUGGUAACAUCGAUCAAACUACUUUUGCUUUUAGUAUUGGAUCAAUGACUAUCUCCAAUCCAACACAUCAACAAAACCAAUUUAUAUAUAAUUCACAAAAACAAGAAUUGUUUUGUUCAAAUGUUGUUAAAUUAACAAUUGAAUUGAAACAGAACAUUGAUACAUUAAAAAUUAAUUGCACUGGAACAAUUUCAUUUAUUUUGUUAAAUUCAAAUUUAUUUAUUUAUAUCACAAAAGAAGUUAAAGAAAUUCAAAAUUUGUUAUUUGUUGAAACAGUCGAUCAAAAAAUCGAAAUAAUCAUGUCGUUGGAAAGUGAUGGAACACUCGUAUCAAAUAACAAAGUUGAUAAUUGUGUAUUGAUGAAAAUCAACAGUGAUAAUUCAAAAUGUUUGAAAUGUAAUUCACAGACUCGGUUAUUGAAUGGUAUAUGUCUUAAUAUAACAUCAAAUUGCCAAAGAUUUAAUUCUGAAAAUAUUUGUGAAUUAUGCAAAAAUGGGUAUUAUUUGGAUGAUGAUUUUGAGUGUCAACCAUUUCAAAACGGCUGUGUUAUUGGUGAUAAAAAUACGUGUUACAAAUGUUCAAAUGAUAAAGUGUUGGACAAAAAUGGUAAUUGUAUUUCAAAUAUCAACUGUAUUGUGUCAAAUGGUAAUUCUUGUAUAAAAUGUUCAUCAGGAGAUAUGAAAAAGGAAUGUAACAAUUGUGGGGACGACAAUUGUUAUUUUUGUGAAAAUGAAAUGUGUUCAAUUUGUUUUAAAAACCAAUUUCUCAAUGAAUUGGGGUUUUGUGUAAAUGAUGGAAUAUCACAUGUAAUAGGAAAUAAAGUACUUUAUUGUACUGAUG